AUGGCCGAGGUCACUGCAGCCCCGACCGAUGCGGCACCUCCGCCGCCACCAGCGGAGGCACCGCAACAAAAUGAACAAGCCAAUAAUGCAGCUGCGCCGGCUCCACCGAUGCCCCACCAGCCCGGCCCUCCCAUGCCUCCCAACAUGAUGCAGCCCCCGCCGCACAUGAUGCCGCCGGGCCCGCCGCCACACAUGAUGCCACAGCCUCCUUUUGGACCGCCUGCUGCUGAGGCUGGUGCACCGACCGAAGCCAAUGCCGAGCCGGCCGUGGAGCUCGAAGAGCCCAAUCAAACGCUGUACAUCAACAACCUCUCCGAGCGUGUCAAAGAGGACGAGCUCAAGAAAGCGCUUGAGGCCAUCUUCAAUCAGUUUGGAAAGAUUCUCCGAGUGGUUGCCAUGAGCUCCUUCAAGCGCCGUGGUCAAGCCUUUGUUGUCUUUGACUCGAUCGAAGCCGCGGAGAAGGCCCUCAACGCUAUGCAGUCGUUCCCCUUUUGUGGCAAGCCCAUGCGCAUCAAUUUCGCCAAGACAAAGUCGGACAUUGUGGCCAAGAACGACGGUGCCUUCAAGCCGCGCGUCAAGGCCCCAUUGGGUCCUCGCCCUACUCCACCAGGUGGUGGCCAGGCGCCCUACCCCGGUGCCGGCGAGUACAUGCAGGCCCCGGGCUCACCCGGCGAGCCCAGCAGCAAGCGGGGGCGUUACGAGUCUGGCGAGGCGGCCCCGCCCCCGCCCCCGGGACCACCAGGCCAAACAGCCCCGUCCGGUCACGCUCCCGCGGCCCCCCCGCCCAAUAUGGCAGAAGACCCAAGCCCCAUUCUCUUUUUGGAAAACUUGCCGUCCGAUCGCACGCAGGAAAUGCUCACGGCAUUGUUCAAGGAGUUUCCAGGCUUCAAGGAAGUACGCCUGGUACCCAUUCGCCCCGACAUUGGGUUUGUGGAGUACGAGAACGAGGUGCAGGCCAGUGCGGCCUUGCCCGCGCUGAAUGGCAAGGAGGUCACGCCCGGAAACAAGAUGCGCGUGUCCUUUUCCAAGAAGCGAUAA